AAACAGAUAUGGAGAACAAUGGGGAAAGCAAUAGCAGAGGUGGUAGCUUCAGGUUGGGGUUGGGAGUGAACGAGGCAAAAGUUCACACUGUGGUUGAGCUUGGUAGUGUUGACACACACAGUCUUCUUCUAGAGUGUGGUGAUGUUGUUGGUAAUGGAGAGGAAAGAGAGAAACAGAAAAAACCUCUUACAAAUUGUCUCUCUACUAGGCAGAUGAAGUCCCUAAUUGCUCUGAGUGAUACCAUCUUACCUUCCAUCAAGGAUUCAUUUGCUGGCUCCUCUGACGAAUCUGUCUCCAACUUCUACCGUACUUCAGCUUCCAUGGCUGGAACACCUGAGCGUCUUGGGAUUAUGAUAAGUGAGAAACUGAAACACCCAAGUAAAUGGUUGUUGCUGUUGACGUUAUGGCUACUGUCUACAUGGUUUGGCACAUUCAUACUGUGUGGUAUGCCGAGCCUCUCAACAAAGUUCCCAUUCUUCCAUAGCUACUCUGACAUGUCUAUGCAGAAACGCCAACAAGUUUUGCAGUCUUGGUCUCUCAGUUACUUUCGUCUCCUUAGGAAAUUUUUCAGGACCAUCAAGCUUCUCACUCUCUUUGUCUUCUUUACUCAGCUGGAUGAAGCAGAAGACAAUCCAUCAUGGAAGGCAAUUGGAUAUACUGGACCUGAUCCAGAGUUCAAAGCACAAUUGAAGAAACACUUUUUGCAUAGAACAUCAAAAGAAGGACGACAAGAGGAAAAAGAAUAUGAUAAAAAUGCUGAUGAGGUUAUGGGACCUCUAUACAGAGGUCUUGUCCAUUUAAAUUACCCACAUGACAUCAUUACAAACGCUCUAAGGCAAUUUGGAUUCCAUGUUUCUGUUACUCCUGGAAAGAAUAAAGCUUCUAACAUUUCAUCUCCUUCUUUAGUUAUCCAAUGUGAUGCAGUGGUUGUUGGUUCUGGCUCAGGAGGUGGGGUGGUAGCUGGAGUUCUAGCAAAAAGUGGUUACAAAGUGUUGGUUUUGGAGAAAGGAAGCUAUUCUGCUAGGAACAAUCUUUCCCUUCUUGAAGGACCAACCAUGGAUCAAAUGUACCUCUCCAGUGGUUUGAUUGCAACAGAUGAUAUGUCUGUACUAAUGCUAGCAGGAUCCACAGUUGGUGGAGGUUCUGCAAUCAACUGGUCAGCAAGCAUUAAAACCCCUCAGCAUGUAUGCAAGGAGUGGUGUGAUCUCCAUGGUCUAGAAUUAUUUGAAAGUAAAUUAUAUAAAGAAGCCUUGAAUGCUGUGUGUGAGAAAAUGGGAGUUCAAUCUGAGAUUGAUGAGGAAGGGUUCAAUAAUGCAGUUCUAAGAAAAGGGUGUCAAGAAAUGGGAUAUCCUGUGAGUAAUAUUCCAAGGAAUGCCCCACCAGAUCACUACUGUGGCUGGUGUAACAUGGGAUGCAAGGAUGGAAGAAAGAAAUCUACAUCAGAAACAUGGCUUGUUGACUUGGUGAAAUCAGGUAAUGGAGCUAUCUUUCCUAGUUGUGAGGCUAUACAAGUCUUACAUAAGGAAAAGAAAGGAAGAGACAAAAGAGUAGCAUGUGGAGUGGCUUUUGCAAUUGAAUACAAAGGAAACAAAAACAUUUGUGUGGUGGAGUCCAAGGUCACAAUUGUAGCAUGUGGAGCACUCAGUACUCCAGCAUUGCUAAAAAGAAGUGGCUUGAAGAAUGAAAACAUUGGGAGGCACUUGCAUCUUCAUCCAGUGUCAAUGGCUUGGGGCUACUUCCCUGAUGCACCUUCUUCACCUGAACUGUGGCCAGAGGAACAUAAAAGAAGCUAUGAAGGAGGGAUUAUGACAGCUAUGUCCACAGUUGUUGCAGAGUAUGACAAAUCAGGAUAUGGUUCAGUGAUCCAAACACCUACAUUGCAUCCUGGUAUGUUCUCAAUUCUAAUGCCAUGGAUUUCUGGAAUGGAUAUUAAAGAUAGAAUGUGCAAGUUUUCUAGAACAGCUCAUGUAUUUGCACUGGCAAGGGAUCAAGGUUCAGGAACUGUGAAGUCACCUAACUCGAUAAGUUAUCAAAUGAAAGAUGUAGACAAAGAGAAUUUAGAGAAAGGAAUUGAGAAGGUACUGAGAAUUCUGGCAGCAGCUGGAGCUGAAGAAAUUGGAACACACAAUAAUAAGGGAAGGAGCUUAAAUGUUAAGCAAGUGAGCUAUAAUGAAUUUGAGAAAUUUGUGAAAGAAGAAAGUUCAAGGCCAUUAACAGACCUUUCAACACCUUUAUGCUCAGCACAUCAGAUGGGAAGCUGUAGGAUGGGUACUAAUCCAAAGGACUCAGUUGUGAACCAGAUGGGGGAGACAUGGGAAGUGGAGGACCUUUAUCUUGCAGAUUCAAGUGUCUUUCCUACAGCUUUGGGUGUGAAUCCAAUGGUUACUGUUCAGGCUAUUGCUUAUUGCACAGCACAAUAUGUUCUUGAAGUUCUUAGAAGGAAAAGAAGUAGGUGAGUUAAAAAAAUAAAAGAAUCUUUUGGUGGUUAUGUAAAAGCUGAAGAGGAUUCAAGUUAUAAUAAUUUUAUGUGAGAAGUUCAACAAUUGACAAAGAUUGGGGGAAGUAGUCUAGUUCUGUUUCCUUAUUUGAUUUAUAUCAAUUAGGAUUUGAGUUUUAUGUUUUUUUUUCAAUAUCAUGGAUUGUAAUUUCCUAUUUCCAUAAUUAAUGAUGUAAAAUCUUAUAUAAAUAGAAUAACAUUGUUGAAGAAUCUCUCAAGUCAUUCACAA